CACACCGGAGCCUUUCAUAUCAAUUUUCACUAUUAAACCAGUGAAUAAAGUCUCGACUAAGUACCUACCUAAGCAAGCAAGCAAGCAAUUCACUAACAAGCCGAUCAACUCACGUGUUUACUCGAGGAAUUCCCUUACUACUCGUGAGAUAAGGAUACAAAGGGACAAACCACAAAAAUGUCCAAACCCGUCCUCAACUUCAUAACAGGCAACGCCAACAAGCUGCGCGAGGUCCGCGCCAUCCUCGAACCCGCCGGCAUCGAGGUCCGCAACCAGGCCCUCGAUCUGCCCGAGAUCCAGGGAACCGUCGAGGAGGUCACGACGGAGAAGUGUCGCGCUGCUGCCGCUGCUAUCGCUGGCCCUGUCCUCGUCGAGGACACGUGCUUGUGCUUUGAUGCGCUGAAUGGGCUGCCGGGGCCUUAUAUAAAGUGGUUCAUGCAAUCCAUCGGCCACACAGGUCUGAACAACCUACUCGCGGCCUACGACGACAAAUCUGCGCAAGCAGUUGCGACUUUUGGCUUUUCCAAGGGACCUGGUGAGGAGGUGCUGUUGUUCCAGGGACGCACACAUGGCAAGAUAGUACCCCCAAGAGGCCCGACUACAUUCGGCUGGGACCCGUGUUUCGAGUACGAGGGCGAGACCUACGCCGAGAUGGACAAGGUCGAGAAGAACAAGAUCUCGCACCGCUUCAAGGCGCUCGAGAAACUCCGGGCAUGGAUCGAAGGUGGCGGCAUGAAGGAAUAAGCAAGUGAGACAUGCUCAUGCUGCAGAAUGUGGCGGGGAUCAGUAUUUCAAGACUUGAUUUAUUCAUAGAUGGGCGGACGUGAUUAAAGAAAAUAUAUAUCCGUUAUUAGAACUCGGCGAAUAAAUCCA